AUGACAAAAAACUCUGCUGCCAGACGUUCUUUGUGGGGCUCCAUCAGAGGGAUCAACAAGCUGAAGGAGACAGAGGAAGAAUCCGUGAUCCAGCGGCGCAGACAGCCGUCUCAGGCCGGGUCCAGCAACAAGCGGCAUUCCAUGGUGGUGAACAUGGACGACUUCAAUGCCCUGAGCCGUAUGUACAGGUUGGAAGGCAAACGAACCACAGAGGACAAGGAAAACAUAGGAGUGGAACGCAUCAAGCGCAACACGAUAUACGAGGACGAGAGCGACACGUCGCAGUCGGAAGAUGCCAACACGACGGUGGACUCCGGCACGGUUCUGGAGCAUUUGGAUGGUGACACGAACGACGCGACCACGCUUCUAGAUUCGGCAUUUGACGACUACAAAAUAGCACUCCAAGCAUUAUCCAUCGAAGACACAAGACCCGUGUUGUUGAGCGCCGGGGCUACAUAA